AAUCUCUGAUAACGCUGCAUCCAUCGGGGAAACCAACCAACAAGAAACGGCCACGAAUGAGAAGGCACCUGGUUGUGAUUCAUAUUCAAGAGGAUGGUGAUGGUGUGUAACAUCAAAAGAGGAGGAACAGACUUUCAUUUAUCCGAGUGGCCUAUCAUGCAGCUGACUGUGAGAUUAACCUUCCUCAUAUGGUCCCUUGGCAGAUUAUCUCAAGCCUCUCCUAGUGAUCCUUACGUCAGCUGCGCGGCAGGAAAAGCUUGCCAGGCCAAGUUUGCCAACGGAGCGUGUGACCAGGAAUGCUCAAGUUCUGCGUGCUUGAGAGAUGGAUUUGACUGCCUCAAAGACAAAGGCACCUGCACUGCAGGUUAUAUUCAGUACUGCCGAGAUCACUAUGACAACAGCCACUGUGAGCAGGGUUGUAACACCGCCCCCUGUGGAUGGGACGGUUCGGACUGCUACAGAAACCAGUACCCUAUCUGGGCCAAAGGCAGCUUCAUACUGCACACUAAAAUUCCAUUCCAGAAGGGCCAUUUCCAAAACAGCUCUCUGUUAUGGGCCGUAAGCACGGUGCUUCAGACCAGCGUCAAAUUCAGAGGAAUGGCACCGUUCCAAGUCACCAAUGACCUUCUUACAAUGGACACUCUACAGCUGGCUGACCUAUACGCUCAACCUCCAUCCUAUGACAGUGAUGGGUCAGUGUUAUUCCUGCAGUUGGAUAACAGGCCUUGUUCCCGUCUUCCCUCCACCUGUUUCCAAUAUGCUAUUGAGGCUGCAAACUUCCUGAGUGCCAUAAUGACACAGAACCAUCCGCUAUUUCCCAUGAUCCCUGAGAUCCAGGCGACUGUAAUCAGCGUGAGAGGGGUGGAUGAGGAUAUCGGAACCAGAGAGGAGGUGAAACUGCCAGAGGAACGCAAUGCCUCUCCAUCCUGGAUGUGGCCGGUGGUUGCUGUGGUGACCGGACUCGUGGUGGCGGUGGCCGUGAUUAUAGCCGUGAUAUUCCUUUGGUUAAAGAGAAGACGUCACAGGCGAGAGGAUGGAGAACGUGUGCGACACAGGUCCACAGUGACAGACAGCAACAACGCCGGCAAGGCCUGGACUCGACGUGCUGACCAGCAGGAGAAAAGAGGGAGAAGAGAAAAGGACAGUCUGAAGAAAAAGAAGAAAGGAAAUGAUUUGGGGAAAAGCCGUAAGGAGCCAGUCGGCGAGGAUUCUAUUCGCAUGCGACCCCUUAGGAAGGAACUUGACAUUGGAAGUGACACUGACAUGACCCAGAGCUCAAUGGAAGACAUCAACAAGACGAUCUGUGACCACAGAUCACCAGACCAAAAACAUUUCCAGGUCAACCAUCAGCAACCAAGAAUGCUGGCUCCCCCUAGAGGAUGGGAAAGAAACUCAAUUCAGCCACCUCCAAGACCACCAAGAAAUACGGCUCCAGUGCAGUGGUGCGGACCGGAUGGCUCUGUCGUGUUGAUCCGAGCUGUCAGGAGUGGUCUUGACCGAGUGGUUCUGGAGCUCCUCAGAGCCGGAGUGCCAGUCAACAACACUGAUCACACGGGGAGAUCUGCCCUCCACUGGGCAUGUUCAGUAAAUCACCUGCCGUUGACCCGGACUCUCGUACGCUACGGCGCAGCUGUGGACUUGCAAGAUCAUAAGGGCGAAACAGCAUUGUUUCUCUCGGCCCUCCACGGUUGCUACGAUACGGCACGAUUCCUGCUCCUCAAUGGGGCCAAUCAGGAGCUGUUGGAUUGCAAAGGGCGGCGUCCGCUGGAUGUGGCUCGAGAGGGAUUACAUCAUCAGGUCCUCGAGCUUCUUCUGGCUCACAGAGUUCAAAGGGGGCCGGUUCCUCUAGAUCCAAACACUGAGGUGCUCUGGGACGAUCGCACCUACGUGUAUUCGCCGUGGGUAGCGUCGCCUACAUGUCUUCCUGGAAGGAGCGCCUCUUUUUCAGGGGUCAUAGGUCACCGGGGGAUGUCUACGCCUCCACCCGAUGAUUGGCAGAUGAGCCGAGCAGAGUGCACUUCACCUCAGAACUGGCGUCCUCCUCCCAACCAAUCAGCAACAGCUUUGGUCAGCCCUAGGAUUCUCGGUCGUCCAUCUCGGCCAAUCAGUACUCUCCAGGAAGUGACAUCAGAGGACGAAGAAAGGGAUAUAACCCAGGAAGUCAUACGAGCAGCGACACCUCACUUCCUGUAUCCUCAACCCGCGCCCAGACAACGCUCCUUCUCUUGUACCCAGCAUGCACUGAACCGCCGCUGCAGCGUCAACCAACCAGAGCUGUACACUGUCACCCCGGUACAGAAAACCAAUGAGCACGUUGAAAUCGUGAUCGUGCCCCAAUCAAAAGAAGCAUCCCACCAAUCAGAAAAUAAAACAGCAGGAAACAUCCCAAGUUCAGCUCAGACAGAACCUGUGACAGACAACUCAAGGAACUCCAAUUACAAAAUCCAGAAUGAGAGAAUCAAUAAUGAGCCAAACAUUUCCAUACAAACUACUAUGUGAGAGAAAAAGAGAAAACUGUAUAAACAUUGGUUACAUGACCUGUUGUUUACAAUGUUUCAUGUAAAUUAUUAUUGAGUAAACACCAAGAUCACAUUUCACUUCUUAAACUAAUUGCUUAACAUUUUUACAAAAUUGCCAUUUUGAUGUUUUUAAUAUAAUUACCACAUUUUAUUCUCUCUGAAAUUCCCUUUACUGUAGUGCACCUAGACAGGUUUUAAUUGUGAUAUUUAAAUGUUGUAUUAAACAAAUGAUCACAACGCAUGUUACCACAAUACACUAUUGCAAUACAAUAAUGAGAAGUAAAUAUGUAUAAAGGGGAAAGUUCAUCUAAAAAGAAAAAUUGUCAUUUUUUGCUCGCCCUUGAAUGUCAUUUAUAACAUGACUCUAUCUUCUGAGGAACACAAAAGAGGAUGUAAAUGCAAGAUAUUUUGAGAAAUGUCUUUGUGGUUUUGUGUUCAUACAAUAGAAGUCAAUGGGGUUUUAUUGUUUUUGGCAACUGAUAUUGUUCAAAAUAUCUUCUUUUGUUUUCGGCCAAUUCAGGUAAAUAUAAAGAAUUAAAAUAAUAAAAAAAUUUAGGUCAAAUAACCUAGGAAAAAAAUCACAAUGCAAUGAAAAUAUGUUUGCGUGGGAUGUCCCAGCUAGGUAAUUAGUUUGAUGUACCAUGGGUGCAUCAUAUUUGUAUGAUUCUU